GUUCACCAUUCUGACCAUUGCAGCGGUUGGCUGUGAAAUCCUCCUCGCUCGAAGAUUUCUCAUCUUUCUGCAAGAAUGAAGGCUGGUCACAAGUGCCUGUUUUUCCAGCAUGUUUUGCUGUCUGUCAUCCUUUUGUGCCACGGCAAAGACGUUUUCUUCAACGACAACGGAAAUCUCAUACUCCCUGGGUCCUACAAAAUUGCAUGGAUGGCAGGCGUUGAGGAUUUCCGCACCCUGUCGCUCAUGACCAUCCCUGGUACCCACGAUACCUUGGCCCGCUACGGAGGCCCAGAGGGCGAAUGCCAGGCUUUGACCCUGAACGAUCAGCUGAGGGCUGGCAUCCGUUUUUUGGAUCUCAAAGUGUUCAGUCUGUUUGACACCCUCUAUGUCAUGCAUGGUGUGAUGUAUCAGCGUAGCACUUUCAAAGAGGUCCUGGACACAGUGAACGCCUUCCUGUCCGAGUUCAAGACCGAGGCUGUGCUCAUCAGAGUGCAACCAGAGUCUUUUGAGAAAUCGACAGUCAACAACAAGGUGCGGAGUCUGAUUGGCAACGACCAACACGUCUGGGUGACCUCUGGGAUGCCCAAUAUGGGUCAAGUCAGGGGGAAGAUUGUCUUUUUGCAGGAGAGCACCUUCACUCUAGGAAUCCCUCUGGUGGAGACAGAAGGUAAAAGCGAGGUUGACAAUGUUAAAGAUAAAGACAACAGAAUAAUAAAACAGCUGAACCAAGCCAAUGAAGCCUGCGGAGGUGAUAAUGCUGUGAUGACGUACACUAGUGGCACUGGCUUCGGUACUUUCUGGGGAAUGUUUCUCACUCCAAAACGAGUGGCUGAAAAGGUAAACCCAUGGCUUGAUCAGUACCUGAGGCAGUUUUACCCCAAUAAGCCCAGACCAUGCUUUGGUAUCAUUGCCAUGGACUUCCCCGGCAUCGACCUCAUUCAAACUGUUAUUAAUAUCAACUGGUGGUAA